AUGGUGCUCUACGUCAUCGGUCUCGGUCUCGCCGACGAGAACGACAUCACUCUCAAAGGCUUCGAGGCGGUCAAGUCCUCGGAGCGCAUCUAUCUCGAAAGCUACACCAGCAUCCUCAUGGUCCCCGGCUUCAAGGAACGCCUCGAGAAGCUCUAUCAAAAGCAAGUCAUCCUCGCGCAUCGUGAAACCGUCGAACUCGAAGCAGAGUCAAUACUCGAAGGCGCUGCCACCUCCAACAUCGCCUUCCUCGUCGUCGGCGACCCGCUCUCCGCAACCACCCACACCGACCUCAUCCUCCGGGCAAAGCACUCCUCGCCUCCCAUCCCCGUCAAAAUCAUCCACAACGCCAGCAUCAUGACCGCCAUCGGCUCCAGCGGUCUCGCCGGCUACAACUUCGGUCAGACCGUCAGCGUCCCCUUCUGGUCCGACGACUGGAAGCCAGACAGCUGGCUCGAGCGCAUCGGCGAAAACCUCAACAUCGGCCUCCACACCCUCGCCCUCUCCGACAUCAAGGUGCGCGAACAAAGCGCAGAGGACAUGAGCAGAGGCAUCCUUCGAUACCAAGACCCCCGCUACAUGCUCAUCCCACAGCUCAUCUCCCAGAUCCUCUCCGCAGCAAACUCGCAAAAGGCAGACUACCUCGACCCAAAUCGCACCCUCGCCAUCGCGCUUUGCAGGAUGGGCUCCGAACAGGAGCGCAUCGUUUCGGGCACUCUGCAGGAACUCCUCGAUAUGGCAAACCCCAGCCAAGAGGAAGCUCAGGCAGAGGAGGCAGAGGACGACGCAGACGAGCUCGCAAGCGAAGCUGACCUCGACAAGAGGCGUGCCGCUCGUGCCGAAGCACGCGCAAAGAGGGCCUUCGGAGAACCUCUGCACAGCCUCGUCAUCGUCGGCAAACGCUUGCACCCUUUGGAGCGCGAUUACGCUGCCAGCUAUGCUUGCCCCGGCAGCAAUUUCAUCCAGGUCGCACAGGACGUCUACGGCUGCAAAGAAUGA